AUGAGAAUCAUCUUUAUAGAUUCCAAUCCACUCAUUGUUAAAUGCUGGGAGCGACAUUACCAAACAUGUCUUGAUCUACUUAAACAGUACAACUUAUCACUACUAAAAGAACAACAACAACAACAGCAACAGCAACAGCAUCAGCAACAGCAUCAGCAUCAGCAUCAGCAACAGCAUCAGCAUCAGCAACAGCAUCAGCAACAGCAUCAGCAACAGCAUCAGCAACAGCAUCAGCAACAGCAUCAGCAACAGCAACAGCAACAGCAACAGCAACAGCAACAGCAUACUCUAGAGUUUUAUGCGACAACCAUUGACGACUAUAUUAGGACAGCUAAGCUAAAUGGUACUACCUCAGUAGUGACCCCAACAAACGCAUUGUCGUAUAUGGGAGGCGGAUUUGACAAGUAUCUUCUCCAAGCCUUAUUGCUUUCUAAAGAUAACACAUCAACCAACAGCAUCAUAAAUUAUAAAUACUUGGAGACAAUUAUACAAAAUCAACAAAUGACCCGAUAUCACGGCUACUUGAUUCCCAACCACAUCUACAAAUUUAAUCUUUUAAAAGAUUUACCUCAAACCGAGGAAUACAAUUACCAAAACACUCUAGCAUACCAAAAUUUAAACAUUGUCGAAUUGAUUCAAAUUCCAACAAUGAUUGUUCCAGAACAGAUUAGUCACUCUCACAUAUUUGAAGCUAUAUGGAGUCUAUUCACUCACAUUACUCAGGAAGAAAAGGAAAAAGAAAAGAAACAAGAAAAAGAAAAAGAAAUAGAAGAACGACAACUAAAGCAACAAGAGCAACUAGAACAACUAGAAAAAGAUCAAUUAUUGGCAAGAGCUUCUACUCUUUCAAAGCAUUGCAAUGCACAUUAUACAAACUCUAAUCAAGUAAAUCUAGUCAUCCCAGGACUAGGUACUGGGUACGGUAAAUUAAAUGAAUAUGAAUCAGCAAAAAUGAUGAUAUUUGCCAUUUUCUUGUAUAACUUGGAAUUUCCGCAACUGAGGUUGGGGCAAUUGAAGAAAUCAGUGAUGAUUAUGUUUUUGUUCAACAAAGAUUAUCGACUAUACAAGAAUCACGAGGACUUGCAAGAGUUGGAAACACAUAUUGUGAGUGACUAUGGUAAACUGGUGAAACUCAAACAAGGCAAUGUAAUGGAACUAGACGAAUUGUUCCAAUGCAUACAAUUGUGA